AUGUAAUGUAGUUCAGCUACGAUUCCCAAGCAGAAACUAGACAAGGACUGGUCAACUUAGAGGUAGUAUCAGUAAAUAGUAUAAAAAUCAGCUAAGAAAGAUCUCCUUGAUCUGUAUUAAAAAAGAAGAGAAUUUCUUUAGAAGAACUUUUAAAUGCUGCCAGGAAUUAAGGACACUUCGAAAAGCAGAGAAGACACUUAGACAGAUAGACAGAGACUAAAUGAUGCUUCUACUCUUGAAAGCCAAUCUACCAGAGAAAAGUAUCCUCUCCCAACUUAGAGAAAUAAGGGCAAUCUCAUACUCAACUAGAAAUCCAUGCUUGAGGAUGAUCCAAAGAAGAGAACUAAAUCAAGUGGCAGCAGGUGCUCUUCAAAUGUGAAUAUGAAACAAAGUUCUACGAAACGUUUAUUGUAAAAAACCAACUUCAGUGAAAUCCAUCAAAAUUCUCUAGAGGAUGAUGAGGGCACAAUGACUGCUAGUAUAAUGAAUCAGAUGUAGGCUGGCAAUACCACCACGACAAAUGAUUAUAAAGAAAAUAUUAUACUAGGAUCUAAGCAAUUGAAAGCAAGUGCAGCUGGUAAUUAUAAAACACCAAGGGAUAAUUAACUGGGAGGCUAUAGAAUAAGUAAACAAUUGAAUGGAGGAGGAUAAUUGCUAAAAGUUAAUUUAGUUGGCAAUUCAAAAUUAGCACAGUCUUAUCAGUUUAAUAUACCUAGAAAGAAGAUUACAUAGGACGAUGGUUUUGCAAGUGGCUCAAAGAAGAAUAGCCAUGAUCUCUCAAAUAUAGCAAGUGCUAGAAGUAUAAUAGAGCAAGAUUCAUAAAAUAAUUUGCAUUCAUAUCAUCAGAAAUAAGGCUCAGUAGAAUUACUGCCUUCAAAUAAAAUUUAAGCAUAAUAUACUCUUCCAACAAUGAAUAAUCAGGUUGAUCAGUCAUCUCAAGAAAAUAAUAAAUCCAUUUAGAAAUUAUCUAAAAUGACUAUUAAAGAUUCCCAAUUUUCCACUGAUCUUAAAUAGUCUGUCACUGAUAAAGACAAAAGAGAUUUGCCUGAAGACCUAAAAAUAUAUAAUAAAAUUAGAUAGUCUCAAAAUGAUGCUGGCAACUCCUCAAAUAAGUUACUCAAUGCUUCUUACUCUAAACCUAAAAUUUUUAACGAAAGUAUUAAGUCUGGGUACCAGAGCACUACCUCUAAUUAUGAUAUCAAUGAAUCUUAACUUAGCAUGAUUAGUAAAAGCUAGAUCUCGCACUCCAAGGAUCUUAGACUGAGAAAAAUUUAGUACUGCCUGAGUUAGCUAUCUCAGAGUAAAGCCUAAUUGGGGAAAAAAUCAGAUUCAAUUUAUGACUAAAGCUUCAAGAGAGAGGAUAAGCCUUCGACAAAUCGCAAUGUAAUCAUCAGUUAAAUAGAUAGCAUUGAUAAUUAUGGAGACGACUAAAAUUGCGAGCCUACUAUUGAAUAGAAUUCUUCUUCAAAAAUGACAUAAAAGUUGCCUGAUACAUCUUAAAGUCUGUUGAUAAAUAAGACCCAAUAAGAGAAAGUCUUAGAAACUAAAUCACCAUAAGUGACAUUGAAAUAAUAAAGCUCAUUGACUAAUAAUAAAGAGGAGAUAGUAAGGAAAGAUAUAGACGGCAAUAAACUUGAGCAAAUGAUUUCUAAUAACCAUGAGAUUAAUUAAGCAAAUUAAAUCAGAACUGAAUAAGUUUCUUUGAUCUAAUCCGAAAUGACCUCGACAAAAAAGACUAUAACUGAAAAUCAAUAUCUUGAGGAUGGCUUUGAAGCUGAGGAGGACAUUGAAGAAGAGAUCUGA